AUGUAUCGAAUUCCUCGAGCUGUUCCUUGGACCUCAAUAGAUGAAUACGAACAAGUACAUCAAUGGCUUUAUGCAGAAACUGCAGAAUUGCAAGAUUUGGGCGUAAAAAGGGUCAAAGCGUGGUCCAGUCGUGGUCAAGUCCCACACGCAAUAAUAAGUACCGCGUCAUUUGUAGAAGUAUCAAUGCGUGACAGUUAUUGUAAUGAUAAUCAUUCUAUGAAUCGAAUAUCAGAACAUGAACUUCGAUUUGUCAAUGGAAUGGUGGACCCAGCACAAAAAGGAGUUUAUGCAGUAUCAAUUGCCACAUUGGCGACAAAACUCAAUUUACCGUUAUGGUUUGUCGAGUUAAGGCAUGCUGGUACACAUGAAAUUUUACCGAGUUUGCAGAUUUUGCGGAAUGGGGUUCAGCAGGCGUUAAAUUGGCUCAAAGAAAAUUAUUGGACUUCACAAAAACCACUGUUCACAUUACAAAUCAACGAUAUUCGAGGAUCAAUUCAAAAGUACAAGAAUCUACAAAAACAGUAUCUAAAAGACGCCAAACCAAAUCAAAAAAGUAGAGACUCCAUGAAAUCAGAUCAACAGAGCCGAUUGGUGUCCUCGGAAACAGCUCUAAACAUAGUGAAACAGAUUCAGAGAGCAAUUAGAUCAACGAGUGGUGUUGGUGAUUCUGUGAUUCCUAUCUUGUUAGAAACGGGAUUUUUGGUUCCAAUAGGGAAAAAAAAACGUGUCACGCCACCAGACUAUUCUCUAACAGACGAGUUAAUACAAUUAUGGGCGCCAUUACUACAAACACUCGACGAAUUUUUUGAUAAUUUUGGGAAUGAGUUAAUUCAGGGAAUAUUGGAAAAAUUAGAUUUUGAUGUCUUCGAACAAGUUAAUAUAACGACGAGUCAUAGUUAUUUGAUGACUUUAGUUUCUUGGAUCCAACACAUAUUAAAUAUAUAUUAUGAGGAUGAAUUCAACUCGACAUGUUUUAAAGAUAUUCAUAUAGACAGCAUCUUGGAAUUUUGUUUACGGAAACCUAAUCCAUUCACGAGAAUUAUACUCCAAUAUUUGAUUGACAACGAUGAUGGUAAUAAUUCAGAAUUGAAAUCAAGUGUAGCCCCAUUUCUUAAUUAUAUCGAUAGACUUUUAGAGACCGGGAGACAAACUAAUCUUAAGACACAAUUCAAUAACACUCCAACACAACAACAGCUUACGGAUCAAGAGAUGAACGACAUGAUAAAAAAUUUGAAGAGACAAUUGAAGGAAUCAGCAUCAUUUGAGGAGACAAUUUCAGAUGAUCAAACCACAACUACUUCAAAAAUGCCUUCCAUUUUUUCAGCGUGGACUUUAUACGAUCAUAAAAAAUGGCAAUCAUGCCCAAUCGGAUGUUUGCCAAAUGGCAAAGUUGCUUGUUUAGAUUUACCUUUGGAACUUGAUAAUUAA